AGCUCCGCCCAGCGUGCUGGCGCGGCCUCCGGCUGGGCCCCCGGCGGCGGCCUCCCGAUGGAGCCUGCGGCGCGAGAGCCGCGCAGCCCCGGCGACGGCGCCCCCCCCGCGGCGCCGCUGGCGAGGAGCCCCCGCCGCCUUGGCGCGCCGCGGCGGUGACCCCAUCAAAGCCCGCGCGAGCCAGGCCGACGGAGAGGCCACCGGGAACGAGGCGGCCACUGACCAGGACGCGACGUGCGACGACGCAGAGGAUCACCCGAGCACCGGUCCCGGAAGCGCGACCGCACCUCGCCGGCGUCCCAGAGGGACAUCCACCUGCUCAUGAGCGAGUGCCUGAGGCACUGGAGGACCGGACGUCCCAGCAGAGGGAGAUCAAGCGGGCGCGGGCGAGGCUGCAGGACCGCGUCGCCCGUCGCACGCAGACGAGGGACAACAGCCGCAAGGCGGACGGCGGGCGGGAGACCACUCGCAGAGGCGCCCGGACACUUCGGGGAGACUCGGUGGUGCAGAGAGGAGUCGG